CACCAGGUUGAGCUGGUGAAGGGAGGGAUCGGUGUGGAGCCAGGAGAGCAUCAUCCAUCCAGUGGUUCACAGUGGAAGGAACACGCACUGUGCGCCAGAUCAACUAUGAAACAUGGCAAAUGCACACAGAUGCCAGUCGAGCCGUUCCGUGUCAUGUGCGUUUGAGGAUGACCUGCGCGUCUCGGUCCAAAAGGUAGGAGCGACGCAGCGCGCGACUACACGUCAACUCAGAAGAAAUGCCAUCUCACCUAAGUGAUCUUCUCUCUGCCCGUGGAUUCUUCUAUCUUCUUAAUCCGUCUCGUCUCGUCUCGUCAGAAACUGAACGGAUGUCAUGACUUGUGCCCUCAGGAUUGCAAAGCUGUGAAACCACAAUGAAAACCGCGCGUUUUGUGCUUCUGCGUCUACUCCAACUGUCAUUAAUUACGCACCGCAAUUAGAAAACGAAAAAAAAAAAAAAUCCACGUUGAUUAAAAACAAUGGAAAGACCUUCGACGUCAGGGACAAAGACGUUUCUUUGCUGUGGAUUGGAUGCCGUUCAUUUCAACACUACCAUGGGGAAAUGUCUGGACUGAAACACAAGGAGAUAUUCUAACACAGUGGGACAGACGAGCCUGGGGGUGAAGAAAUGGUCAUCACUGAUAGAAGCACAGGCACUUCUGUACCUAAAAAGGAGGCACAGAAGAAGAAGAGGAGGAAGUCUCGUCCUCAUGGCCUCCCCUCCCCGGCGCUCUGCUGUGCCUGUGGACUAUGCAUCAUGCUGGCUGGACUCAACAUCACCUUGGUGGGAGCGUUUGCCUUCAGCACAAUGGUGCCUUCUGACAACCCUCCAAUCAUUAUCGGACCAAUCCUUCUGCUGGUGGCCUUUUCCUUUUUUGGGGCCUGCUGCGUCUGUAGCCGCCUCCCCCCUCCUCACAGCUCUCACCGGGCUAAGGUGGGCGGCAGGGGCACGGGGUUGAUGGGACACGGCGGACUGGCUGGAGGAGCUGCUUUUGAAAUAGAGACCAGCGAGCACACGUUGCAGGAUACUACAGCUGUGCAGCUCAGUCCCACGUCCUCCCCAGGAUCUUCUCGAAUGUCCAGCCCAGAAAAGGAGGCUCCCGACACAGCUGUACCGGGGCCGUGCAAGCUCUUCACCAUGGAGACCAACGGCCCCUCUUCUAUUUCCGCCACAGCAGUCUACUCAGCCUCCACAGCAACAGGAGGGGAGGUGAGGCUCAACCUGCCAUGUGAAGAAGUGGUCACCUAGCAGGCCACAAAGACUUCAGAGGAUGUAAAUAUAUUUUGAUUUGAGGGCUUGCUGAGUGUGAUUCUGUUUUCUAGUUUACGUGCCAUAUUUCUGGUUGUGACAAAUUGUCAGCAGUAUGCUUUUGAUUUUCUGCAGCCAACUGGUAAUUAGCAUGCAAAUUUAUUGAAUCAACCAAGUAUCUGUGAAUCCUAGGUGUUGGAAUUCAGAUUCCUACCUCUAAAGUGCUGUUCUUCUCCAAGUCUUUGUUUUUACAGUGGGGGCAUUAUGAGCAGUUUUCAUGUA